AUGCUACCAACCAAAUUGGACAGCUCUAUACAGUUCUUGGCGUCUGCAACGACACGACGUGCCGUUGUUGUAUGCCAUCACCAGGAAGAAGAAUGUGAGGACGUACGAGCUCAUUUUUGCACAGCUGAAGGAAGAGAUGGAAAGGUGCUGUCACUUGUAGAUCCGCUACUCUCAGAAGAUGAUAAUCCCGCAGUGCUUCCCUCAGACGAAGUUGGCGUUGUGACUGUCGUCGUCCAUGAAGUAUUGGUGGAAAAGGAUAAGUUACACCUGGACAUUCAUUUCGACAUUCGUCUUCGUUCGUGA